AUGGAUUUGAUUGCAGGACGCUUUCAUGCAGAGCCGGCAAUGGCGUUCCUCGCCGAACGCCCAUUGCUGGCAAGAUGUGCUCUCAUGGGGGUCAUUGGCGUCCUCGUGCAUCAUUUGGUGUUCAUCAAAAAUGAAUGGCAUAUGCAAGGGCCACGGAUCAUUAAGUCCGCCAUUGCGGCUUAUGUGGUUCUGUGUUUCUUGGAGGCGAGAAAGACGCUGGAUGUUAGUGCGUUUGGACAUGCGGGCCUCAUCUUGGGAAGCUUCGUCUUGUCUCUCCUACUCAGCAUUGCUGCUUAUCGUCUCUUUGCCCACCGCACUCGUCACUUCCCUGGCCCCCGUCUGGCUGGCCUGACCAAGUUAUGGCAUAUGUAUCAAUGCCGCCACGGACAGAACCAUCUGGUGCUGGAGAGAAUGCACCGCGAAUACGGUGAUUUCGUCCGGACGGGGCCCAGCGAAAUCACCAUCUUCCAUCCGAACGUAUUGGCAUUGCUCGAUGGCCCGCGCAGUAAGACGUCCAAGUCGGUCUGGUAUGACUUCCUUCUGCCCAACAGUGGCGUGACUACCAUUCGUGACCGAGGCUGGCACGACCAGCGUCGUCGUCUCUGGAUCAAGGGCUUCUCCAAUAGCGCAAUGGAGAGAUAUCGGGAGCAAAUUGAAGCUCACGCCCGGGACAUGGACGCCAUCAUUGCGGCUGCCAAUGGCCGGCCCGUCCCGAUUUCUACCUACAUCUACUGGUUUUCCUUUGAUAUCAUGGGCAUCUUUGCCUUCUCCCGCUCCUUCAAUAUGCUUACCACGGAAAAAUGGCACUACAGCAUCCGCAACCUGCGGCGGGCCAUGACCCUGCUCGGUCCCUUUUCCUCGGUGCCGUGGGCCGCCCAGAUCGGGUUCUGGCUGCUCAAGGGGUACUGGGUGGUGCAUGAUUGGCACACAAUGAUCGACUGGUGCGCUCAGCAGAUGCAGCUGCGCAUUCACGAACCUGAUUCGCACGAUGUGGCGCAGGGAAUUAUCGCCGAUUCCCGAAAGCGAAACACGGUGAAAGAAGACCAACAGCAGCUUGUCGGUGAUGCUAUCGUUGCCAUUGUCGCUGGGAGCGACACGGUGGCCCCCACUCUCGUGUUCGCGAUUUACCAGUUAGCCUUGAAUCCCGACAAGGCGGAGAAGUUGUAUCACGAAGUCAAAGAUGUGGACCUCAGUGACCUGGCUACUCUCAAGAAACUGCCAUAUCUCAAUGCGGUGAUCAUGGAAACCCUGCGGCUGCACCCCGCGGUCCCCACGGGAGGGUAUCGCGAUACUCCACCCGAGGGCAUGAUGGUGGAGGGCACUUUUAUUCCCGGAAACACUACCAUUGUCGCGCCCCGCUACGUCUUGGGUCGAUUGGAGAGCUGCUUCAUACGACCCACCGAAUGGAUCCCCGAGCGAUUCGAUACGCAGCCUGAGUUGGUGAAGGAUACUCGAUCUUUCCUGCCUUUUGCUCAAGGUCGCUAUUCAUGCCUGGGCAAGGAUGUGGCGAUGAUUGAGCUGUGGGUGACCAUCUCACUCCUUGUGUCUAAAUAUCGCUUUGACUUCCCCGCUGGCAAGCGCGAGGAGACGAUUGAGAGGGUGGAAGGUAGGAUGCGAGACCAAUUUACAGCUACGCCGGGGGAUUUGUCUCUGGUGUUCACCAAGCGGGAGGUUGCGUCGAGUCAAUAA